CGUCACCAAACUUUUCCAGACAGAAAUAUUAAUGUAAUGAAAUCAGUCUUUUUGCAUGGAGACAUUACAAAUCUCGAUGAAUUGUAAAUGAUUGUACGGAGUGACGAUGACGUUUUUCCUCUAAGACAUAAACAAACGCGCUGUACUGCGCGUGCGUAAUAUGUCGUCACAUGUGGGGAUUAUCCGUUCACAGUUACAGGGCGGCUCUAUUCUCGGAACUUUUAAAAAACAUUUUUUUUUUUUGUAAAACAAAUUUUUCAUCAACAUAUUGAAUGUUUAAAUCGUCUCCAGGUUGUACUACGAGAAGAGUGCAACAAUUCGUCACUGUGACGUUGCAAUUGACUGAGACAGAUUGACAUUGAUGUGCAAGGACAGUGCCGCCGUGACGGAGAAAGUUUGGACCUUCCGUCCGGAUGGGGAACAGCGCUCUCAAGUCCCACCUGGAGACUUCCCAGAAGACGGGAGUAUUCCAGCUCACUGGAAAAGGACUUCCGGAGUUUCCCGAGGAACUGCAGCGGCUUACGGCAAACCUCCGAACCGUGGACCUGUCUGACAACAAGUUGGAGUCGCUUCCUCCUUCCAUUGGAAACUAUGCGCAGCUCCGGAGUUUGACCCUCAACGCCAACAGGCUGGGCGGACUCCCCGACGAGAUCGGGAAGCUGAAGAAACUGGAGACUCUUAGUCUGAGUUCCAACCGGAUCCAGCAUCUCCCGCCCACCAUGGACCAGCUCAAGGCCCUGCGGACCCUCAUCCUGGCUGGGAACCGCAUCUCGGAGUUCCCUACCGGACUCGGAGGCCUGAGACACCUGGAUCUGCUGGAUUUGUCCCGCAACCAGAUUCAGAGGGUGCCGCCGGAGGUGUCAGAGUUACAAGUCAUUGAGAUCAACCUCAACCAGAACCAGAUCUCGCUGCUGUCGGCGGAUGUGUCUCGGUGCCCUCGCCUCAAAGUUCUGCGCGUGGAGGAGAACUGUUUGGACCUGGCCGCCAUCCCGCUGUCCAUUUUGAAUGAGUCGCAGGUGUCUCUCUUCUCGGUGGAAGGAAACCUCUUUGAGGUCAAGAGUCUACGGGACCUGGAGGGCUACGACAAGUACAUGGAGCGUUUCACCGCCACCAAGAAGAAGUUUUCCUGAAAAAGCGCCACUGCGUUGUCGUCCUCUUCCGACGCAAAACGGGAAGGAGAAGUGGAAGAAGAGCCAAGAGACGAUCCCGUUGUGUUUCCCGCCAGUUAGCGCCGCUUGUGUCCCGCCAGGAAGUCAUUUGUUCCCCCCCCACCCCCCGCCGCCGCAGCAGACUUGCCGUGGCCAUCCAGAGGAACAGAGCGGAAAUGGAAACCGUUCUCUUUGAGUCACAAAGGCUCAUCAGCUGCAUGUUUUUCCCCGCCGAGGAUGCAGAAAAGAGGAAGUCUUCGGAUGCCCUUCGUCUGAUGGCGUUGACGUGUCAGCCAUGUCGGUGUGUUUGCAUAAUAGCUGCCAUGCGGGCCUCACUAAUCGUUGUUUGCCCUUAGCCAGCGUCAAGCUAUUUCUGUUUCUUUUUGUCACAUGAUUGAGCGAUGAACUCUCACGAUAAAAGCAUACCAAGGACACUAAACUGUUUUCACUAAUGAUGUAGGCUUGUAAAAAAAAAAAAAUUGCUUUUGUUGAUCAAAUAUUAACUCAAUUCUUUCAUGGUAUCAUUCAUAAUUUAAAUUGAAUCAACGAACAAUCUCCAUGAAGAAAAUGUCAAGUGUAUUUAUUGACAAUAAAUCAAUCGGUUGGAUAUAUCAGU